AGACAGUUGUCAACACCAAUAACAAAACAAAGAGCUCAAAGCCUCAGGAAAACAUGGGAACUUCUUGGUAGGUGUCAGAAGAGGAAAAACAAAGAAGACCCAGAAAAGAAAACUCUUGAAGUUUGAAGAGUUUGCAAGAAGAUUAUGGAUACCGUGUUAUGUGAUGAACUACUGCAAGAGAUAUUUAGAAGACUGCCAUCAACUCCAUCAUCUUCUUUAUCAGUUUCUUUAGUUUCCAAGCGUUGGCUUAACCUUUACAGGAGCUCAAAAACUUCUCUUUCUCUCAGGUUCCUUCCACAUGCUUCUGUGAUUGUUUCUCUGUCUUCUCUUCUUUCUUAUUACCCUUCUCUUUCUUCUCUUUCUCUUGUUUUAUCUGAUGCCACCACCACCUAUACCUCCAAGAAUUCAAGCACUGCCUUUUAUGAUCACCUGCUUCUUGUAGUUUCUUCUUCUUGUUCUAACCUGCAUCAUCUCAGGUUCUUAGCUGGUCCAGUUUCUGUUUCUUCUUUAUUGUCUCUAUCGAAAGCUUGUUCCCACCUUACUUCUAUUACCGUUUCCUUAUCUAGGCCUCUUUAUUUCAACUGGGUUGUUUCAUUUUCUUGUUUAAAGGAGUUAUGUUUAUAUGUAUGCUCUACUGAUGGUGUUGAUGAUGAAGUUGGGGGAAUUCGGUUGUGUUUAAAUGAGGAAUUGGAUGCAGAAUUCGGUUUAGAAAGUCUUUGCUUGUCAGGAAUUCAGGCAGAUGAUAAGGGUGUUGGUUGGCUAUGGAGGAACUGCAAAAGGCUUAAGAAAUUGCAGCUAAAGAGCUGUGAGAGUAUUGGUGAUGGAGAGUCUUUUUCCUCAUUUAUCUUGUGCGUGGAAGGUCUUCAAGAACUGGAGCUAAGGAAAUGUAGGAGUGUAGUUGAUGGGGUGUUACUAAGAUUGGCUGAGAAUUGUGCUUCUUUGAACUCUCUGUUGGUUUAUGAUGGAGGCAGCAGAGAGGGUUUGCUGGAAUUCAUAAGCACUUGCAGGUGUAAUCUGCAGAAGCUCGACCUUAGGUUACCGCUAGACCUCAAAAAUGAUCACCUCUUAGCUGUUGCUAUGAAUUUAAGAGGUCUGUCAACACUCAGGCUUCAAAGUUGCUGUCUUGUUACUGGUGAAGGUCUAAAGACUCUCGGGACUGCCUUGCAUUCUAGUCUUGAAGAAUUGGCCUUAAUAAAUUGUGAUGUUGUUGAAAGAGAGCCAGGGUUGCUAGCCACACUGGGGCAGAAUUUGAGGAUGCUGAGGAAAUUGGACUUGUCUUAUAAUGAGACGUUGCUUGAUAAGGAGUUCAUUUCUAUGUUAGUUUCUUGCCAUCAUCUGACUGAAUUGAAGUUGAGAGGGUGCAGAAGGCUAACUGCUACUGCCUUGGUUUCUAUAUCUAAGACCUGCAAGCGUUUGGAAAGUGUAGAUAUUAUGAAUUGUCCUGGGAUUGAAGCUCAGGCUGUCGAGUUCUUUGUCUUGAAUUGUCCACAGCUGAGACAGAUGCAGAUUGAGGAGAGCAAGCUCUCAGUCAUUUCAAGGACAUGGGCAUUGCAUAAAGUUAUAGAGGUAACUAGUGGUUGAUGAGUUCAUGAUUGAAGUACAUAAUUAAAUUAUUGAAGUUCCAACAGAAUUGCUAUAUACCACAAAACUCAGCUUGUUUGCUGUAAAUAUUUCAUUUCUUCAGGUCAUGGAAUAGAAAGAGCUGCUUUGCUCUCUAAAUAAUCGAUGUCUCUACAAAAUCUUUGAUAUUGUAAUAAGCUAACUGCAAUAAAACUUGAAUGUUGUUCUAUUUGGAAAUUGAAACGGGGAAAAAUCAUUGUUUCUUAUGAUA